CGAGGCCCGAGCGGACGAGGAGGUUCUGCGGGGCGGGCACGAAUCAGAUCUUGGUAUGGCCCGGGGGUUCCUUAUACUUCUCUUUCACACGGGAUACAGUUUCUUCUUUUCUUCCGGCAGCGCCUCGGUCUCGGCCGCUGAGUUGUGACACCAUUCGGGCUUUCCACCCUUUUCCCCUUCUUUCCUCCCUCUCCAUCUCCUCCCUCCAUCCCUCCCUUCCUUCCUCCUCUCUCCCCCUUUCGUCCCCUUCCCGUCCCCUCCCCUCCCAUCCCCCUCCCCCCUCUCUCCUUUCGUCUGCCCCCCACCCCCCACCACCACCACCCCCCACCCCCCCUAUCCGGUCGGUCCUCUGCGUUUGUUGACACCGCUACGUAGUUUUCAGGCGAGUGAAUUAGCGCUGCGAAGCAAGAGCCGCGGGUCGGAGUUCGGGUCACCACGAGAGGAACGCUUCGGGGGCCGCGUUGUCCAUCAUCCAUCCCGGUUCCGCAUCCCUUUUCGUGAGUUCAUCGUCGGACUGAGAGCUUGUGUGCGAGCGCGAGAGAGCGUGUGUGAAUUAGUUGGAGCAAUUGACAUCUGGUCCAAUUCGCAGCACGGGGACGAGGCCAGGUACAGAGGAGCGAGGCGGUGGCGGAUAAGCUCACAGGGGUGGAGAAGGGGAUGAAUUGCUGCGGAGGGCAAGGGAGGGGCAGCCGGCGCUUGUGAGGCAGGAGCUUGCCAGGACGGCCGGCAUGGCGUCGUCCGAAGCGCCUCCGCCUUCUGUACCUGCUGUCACUCCUUUGCCUGUUCCUCCUUCUGCUGCAGACUCUGCUCCUUCGUCGUCGACUCCGAGUAGCAGCAGCGCCCCUCCCACCACCGCGACGAAGCCCGCAGCAGCGUCGAGUGGUGGCGGAGGAGGUGGCACGAAUGGGAGCUUAAAAGGUGGGAUUACUGGAAGCGGUGGCCGAAUGGUGAAAGGUGCGUGGUCUCAGGUUGUGAGGGGCCAGGCUGCUGCUCCCGAUAAUGGUUUAGCUGGUUUGGCAAACGGAACCCUCGGUCUUUCUCCGUCAAUCGUGACCUCUGCCCCUAGCAUUGCAACUCCCGACCCUGCACCCCCCAAACGCCCUGCCAAGACGACGACUGCUUCAUCGCAACAGGUGCCCGCGGUCGUAGAACAGACUCCCGUCACCACUAGUUCUGCUCCGACACCCACUCCGCCCCCUGUUUCCGCCUCGACUCCAUCUUCUUCUUUGCCAUCUGCAUCCUCCUCCUCCACACCCACUGCCGUCGUCGCGAAGAACAAAAAAGAUGGAUCGCAGGUAGAAGCAGCCGGUGCCGAAGAACGUGUAGAGAGUGGAGGAGCCGCUCCUGCUCUUGCCCCUGCCACGAGUUCCCCGUCGGAUGCCCCUGCUAAAACCUCUAAACCCGCAUGGAAGAAGCCUGUCAGUAAUUUGGGUAAGGUGACUACAGUUGGGCCGGUGAUGGGAGCCGUUUCAUGGCCUGCGCUCGCUGAAGCUCGCAGCUCCAAGGCUCCCGUAGAUUUGCCGAAAUCUGGAGCCCCGGCAGCCCCGUCCGCUCCGCCGGAUGGACCAUCAGAGCAGGCUGCGUCGUCAGGGUGGUCGAGACCGGGUGGACCUAGUAGUAACACCACGGGGAAUCACGCCCAGGCUCCGAGUGGAAGGCAAAAAUCCACGAAUAAGCAUCGCACCACUGCAGCCUUGAAUGGCAGUGGUCCGCCGCCAGCAGCUCCGCUAAUUUCUACGGAGAAUGCCACUCCUUCUCUAGCAUCCACGCAGGUACCUGAUGUCGCCGCUGCCGAACCUAAUGUCAAAAGUGGCGGUGAGGAGUCAGCGAAGACUAAUCCGACCAAUGCCGGAGGCAAUGAGCCCAGGCGACCCUUCCACCAGCGAGGUGGAGCUGGGUUCGUUGGCAAUUCAGGGAGGAGGAACAACAUGAGGGACCAAAAUCGUGGAGCUCAUGGAUGGCAUCACAAUAGACCGUUUGGAAAUAAUGCCAGAGACUCUGCCGCUAGUGUACAACAACGCGUGGGGCCUAGGAACUUCGGGCGUGCCAACAAUUUCGUGCCGAAUAAUCAUUCAGGAUUUAUGAAUGCAGCAGGUGUGGCUCAAGGCAUGUACUACGUGCCCGCAGGUUCUACUGCCCCUGGGCGUGCCGCCGCCUAUUUUACUUCGCCCGCAGGAGGUGUUAUUGCGGAUAAUGCUAUUGCGUUGCGUCAUCUCGUUGUGAAACAAAUUGAAUACUACUUUAGUAUUGAGAAUUUGUGCAGAGAUAUAUUCUUGCGCUCCAAAAUGGACGAGCAAGGCUUCAUUCCAGUUGCAGUGAUUGCAAAUUUUAAUAGGGUCAAAAUGCUAACAGCGGACACAUCAAUGAUCUUGGAUGCUCUUCGUAGCCAUUCUGGCUUGGUGGAAGUUCAGGAUGAAAAGCUGCGGAAACGGGAUGAUUGGGCAAACUGGAUUUUACCUCCUAGUCAUUUACCACCUGCUGUUACUCCACCUAAGCAGCCAGGAAAGAGUGAAGAAGGAAAACUCGAAGGGGAGAAGAGCAGCGGGGACAUUGCACAUCAGCCCACAGCCGAUGCUUCUUCCAAGUCGGAGACCAACGUCCAGACUAAUCCCCCUCUAAACUCUUCUGAUGCCGAUUCAUCAGCCAAAACCAAUGAUAGAUUGAAUCCUAGUUCUAAAGACGCCGAAACUUCCUCCAAUUCCAAGCAAGAGUCUCAAGCAGGAAGCACAGCUGGGUUUUCAGAUGAUACUCAAAGAAGUUCAGUUGAGGGUUUAACUGGUGAAAGCAACCUGUCUGUAAGAGUUUCCCCUACGAAGGAUGCUGCUUCACUUGCGGGAGGAAGUGUACCUGACGUGAACCAGAGUACAACAGGGAGUUCACACUUCCUCACAUCCAGCUCUCAAGUUUCCGAGGCUGGUGGUGCGGUAAGGGCGUUGCACGGCAAGGGUCGAUUACAAGGUAUCAGGAUAUCGAUAUCUGAAAGUGAAGGUGCCAGAGAUUUGCUGUCCCCUAAUUCAGAAGAGAGUGGUGUAGUCGCCGAUGAUGAGGGUGACUGGUUAACACCUUCUUCAAGGAAUGGUACCAGGCGGAGGGGCGUGAGCAACAAGAAACCGCCGACCGCAAGGGGAGGGGACCUCAAAACUGGAGGGCUCUCUGCCGCAUUCGCAGCCAAAGAGGCCACUGUCAGCCAAGAUGAAGACACAUUUCAAUUUGACGAAGAACUGGAGACUGAGAGAUCUACAAAGGAUCCCUCCGCUGUCGCCAGCAAAAGCCUUGAGGACGACGACGAUGACGACUCGGAUGUUAAUGACAAUGAUGUUCACCGCCUCAUCAUCGUCACUCAGAGUAGGAAAGUCAAUAAAGGUGAUCGCAAAGGUCCAGAUGGAAGAGAUCAUGGCAGGAAAGCCAUAUCAGAUGAGCUUGUUUCUGUCAUAAAUGACGGUCUCUACUUCUACGAACAGGAAUUGCGAAGAAGCAAACCUAAACGCACCACCACCACUCAAGUUGCUCGGAAGCGCACUCCCAGUGAUGGGACUGCCAGCAGUGGCACUGAGACUACUACACCGACAGCUCGGUCUGCCGUGGGCAGCUAUGGUAGCAGUGCCGGGAGCGCUGGAAGUGGAUCAGAAGGGCCGGGCAUGGUCAGACCACCAAGAGGCCAGUACAGAUCUGGUCCGAGUGGCCCAUACUUCCCUAAUCAGCGACUCUUUGCCAGUGCCCCUCGAGACGUUGGUCAUAGGGGCCGGCAACAUCACUUCAGCAUUACUGCGGAGAGUCCUCCAAGUGACUCCGUUGGAUUCUUUUUUGGUGCUACUCCUCCGGACAAUCACAGCAGUGGAGCUAACCGACUUUCGUCAUCAUUUGGGUCAUCGAGACUCAGCUCGUCUCCAUAUGGUACUCCUCCAGGGGGUAGCUUGUUGUCUGGGACCAGUCCCCCUGUUGGAUCCAUCCCCAAGUCCUUUCCUCAUUUCCAACAUCCAAGCCACGCUCUCCUUGAAGACAAUGGCUUCAAACAGCAAAAAUACUACAAGUUUUACAAGCGUUGUCUCAAUGAUCGUAAACGUGUCGGUAUUGGAUGUAGCGAAGAAAUGAAUACUCUCUUCCGGUUCUGGUCGUAUUUCCUACGUACCAACUUCAACCGAUCCAUGUACAUCGAGUUUCGAAAGCUUGCAGAGGAAGAUGCUGCAACCAACUACAAUUACGGAAUGGAGUGUCUCUUCAGAUUUUAUAGCUAUGGCUUGGAGCAAAAAUUCAAACAGGACAUGUACGACGAUUUUGAGCAACUAACUCUUGAAACCUACAAAAAGGGUAACCUCUACGGCCUUGAGAAAUACUGGGCGUUCCAUUUUUACCGGAAAGAUAAGUCGAGACGGGUGGUGAAGAAGCACCCAGAGUUGGAAAAGCUUUUGACAGAAGAGUUUCGUACCAUUGACGACUUUCAAAGGGCGAAAGAUAAGAUGACCAAGGAAAAAGCCUUAAAAGAUAGUAUCACAACCACUAGGGAUCGAACCGAAGCAGGUGGUGCCACUUCCCCCCUUCAAAGUGGGCUUACCAUGUCUGUGAGUGCUACAUCCACGGCGUCCAUUGCUGUAUCUUAACAGCUUCGUUGACAUCACAAGUAUUUUAAUUGUAGAUGAUUACAUGGAACUGGUCAGUAGCUUCUAACCAACCACAGAUAUGAGCCCGUAGAGCUUGAUGGCCUAAUUGUUCGAGAGGGUCUCUAAGGCUAUGUUUCUAGGCUUAUAAACGCGUCAGUCAGUAAGUAGCUGCAAGUACAGAAAGGCCCGACUUCAAACGGAGUUUAAACAGGGUCGUUCAUUCAUUAACCCUAAUCCUAAUGACAUUAUUCGCGCACGGGUCUGUAGAAGCUGCCAUGUGAAAUAAGCUUGCUGCGAGCUUCAUUUACGGGAUGGGUUCAUCCUCCAGUCUGCAGACAGAUGCACCUCUGGCAAAGGCGAGAGUAGGAGUCAGCAUCAAGAUACGUUCUGAGCAAAAAUAGAGAUUUUAGGAAAAACCCGGCUUCUAGAUAGGUGUAAUUAGGCAUUUUUUGAGAAUCUGCAAGGUUAGGUCAUUGGGUUGGUUGAGAACAGUCAAUUUAUAUCUGUGGGCCGUCACUGUAGAAAGGUCUUCUCAAGAGUUAUGGACUGCUUUUUCAUUCUGAAUCAUAGUUCGUGAUAUGACCGGCUGCCACUGUGUUUGCAUGAUAGGCAGUUGCGGCUGUUCUACAAUAGAUUACCGUCAAUGUCUUGCAGUUUGUGCAUAUUCGUGUUUCCACCACCACAUAGGAAAAGUGGAUAGAGUAAGUCAAAAAGCUUGUGAGUGGAAUUCCUGCUGUCAGUUCUUCGAUCGUUUAGUUGCUACUUUAUUACUAUUGAGAGCGUUAUCUGAUAGAGUGAAUCAGAAGUCGUAAUUAAACCUAUGAUUUAGAUUUGUAUGUUGACGUUGAGCCUUUAUGAACAAAACAACAUUGUUUUACUGAAUUGACCGAUGGCGCGUAUCCGCUGUGUGUUAGGCGAUGUCGAGUUUCAUCUCACAUGCAGUUUGUGUUGGUUUGAGUGGCGAGUAGUAGGCAGGGGAGUGAGGACCGUAGUUUAUCUUGUACCAAAAGUUUAAGACAACUAUGUAUUUGUAUAUAAUGCAAUCAAUUAUA